AUGGAAAACUUCCUGGCAGGAACGUCGGAAGAGCUGGUUCUGCUCAUCAAUAAUCUGGGAGGCAUCAGCCCGCUGGAGCUGGGUGCUAUCUUUGCAGAGGUCGUCGACCAGCUUCAGCACAACCACGACAAGAAACUGCUACGCAUAUACUGUGGAACGUUUAUGACGAGUUUGAACAGCCCAGGCUUUUCGAUCAGCCUCCUCAAUGUUCGGGACCUGGGUGUACAAGGGUCCGUGCUGAAUUUCCUUGAUGCUGCAAGCGAUGUUCCAGGCUGGCAUGCGACCUCCUGGCCAACCUCUAAUAUCACGCCGAAAAGCUUUCGUCAGACUCCCAAAGACGUGCAUCAGAGCCAAUCGCAGCUGGAAACUUCCCAGGUCCAUCUCAAAUGUGAACUCGACGUGGUAGUCAAGCGAUUGAAGGCGGGACUGCAGUCAAUGAUUGCAUCAGAACCCGAUGUGACAGAGAACGACAAUCUCGUGGGCGACGGAGAUUGUGGGACCACCCUGAAAAGAGGUGCUGAAGGUAUUUUUGGACUAAUCACCGAAACCAAAAUCACAGCUAUCGUGUCGCUACUCGAUCAGACAUUCUGGAGCAGAGCCCUCGCAUUUGCGCUGAACUCACUGGAAAAGUACACGCCUGCCCGAGAAGGAGACAGAACAUUGAUGGACUCGCUGAUCCCGUUUGUCAAUAUUUUGAAGGCAACAGGAGAGCUCAAUCAAGCGGCUGAAGCCGCAAUGAAUGGUGCGGAAAAGACAAAGUGGUUGCACGCAAAGCUGGGGAGGACAGUGUACAUAGGGGAGGAAGAAAAGUGGCUCGGAAAGAUACCGGAUCCUGGAGCAUGGGGCUUGGCCAGCUUUCUCGUAGGAUUUUCUCGUGGAUGGUAA